AUGAGUCUUGAGGGUCAGGUAGCAACAGACCAGCUUUCCCAGAGUGGCACACUGAGCCUCCCCCACCGCUUCACCACAGCCUCUGUCCUGCCUCCACCCAGCCUCACUCCAGCCUCUAUUUUAGCCUCUCCCCAGCCUCACCCUAGUCUCAUCCCAGCUCACCCCCAGCCUCUCCCCAGCUUCCACCCAGCCUUUACUCCAGUCUCUCCCCAGCCUCACCCCAGUUUCCCGCAAGCCUCCCCCCAGCAGGUGAUGAUCCCUUCCCUCCCCAUUCCAGUUUCCCCCAGCCUCCACUCAGCCUCACCCCAGUCUCACCCCAGUCUCACCCCAGUCUCACCCCAGACUCACCCCAGCCUCACCCCAGACUCACCCCAGUCUCACCCCAGCCUCACCCCAGCCUCACCCCAGUCUCACCCCAGUCUCACCCCAGCCUCACCCCAGUCUCACCCCAGUCUCCACACGCACCCCUGCAGGUAA